CGAUUGCAAUCAUCGAUUCAUGACGGUCAUAUGACAUGACAAUGUCAUGGAAAGUGUCGUAAAAUUGUUGGUCCGUUUAUCCGUUUGGUUUAUUUACCAUCCGCGAAUGUCAAUGCGAUGGCCAAACACCAUUGUCAUCAUCAUCAUGAUCAUGAUUUAUGAUGUUUUGUCAAGUUAUCCUCGUGAAUCGUGUUUGUCUCCCCAAAAACAGCUUCUAUGAACGACUCUAACGUGUUGAAAGCAAAAAUAACUCACUGGACACACACAUAUGACUCACCACUUUCGAUCGAUUGUGAGCAAUUCAUUCAUUUUUGUUUGUCGUUGUUUUCACUUUCCUCACUGACCAUUGUGUACAACUCAUGAUUUGAUCAACAUACGAGAAAUUCAUUGACGUCUUUGGUGUAUGUGUAUAUAACAUUUCCUUGAUUGAAUUUUGAUAAGAGAAAUUGUUUCAUUCAUAAUGUGUGCACAGUAAUAAAAACCAGUUAUUAACUGAUUAGGUUAGGUUCUGUUCAACAUUCAAUCAACUAAUCACCAAAGAACAUCGAAAUGACUCGACUGGAACAUUGUUCAGAUUUUGAAAUGUCCGUACCAUAUGGUUCGAUUCGUGGAAAGAUAUGGCACCACAAUCACCAGGAUGAACCAGCAAUCCACAAGGAUACUGUCCGUGUGUUGGCAUUGCACGGAUGGCAAGACAAUUGUGGCACAUUCGAUCGCCUGAUACCAUUGUUGCCAAUCAAUCUUUAUAUCGUUGCAAUCGACUUUCCUGGUCACGGUCUCAGUUCACAUCUUCCAGCCGGUUGUCCAUACAACGACACCAUGUUUGUCAUUGAAUUGGAACGUAUCGUCCAAUUUCUUGGAUGGAAAGAUUGCGCAUUCACAAUACUGGGCCAUUCAAUGGGUGCUGCAAUCGCAAUGUUCUACGCUUGUCUGUAUCCAUCAUCCGUGCGACGAAUAAUAUCACUGGAUAUGAUUAAACCGUUAACGUUCCCGGCCAACAAAUUGGCCAUGAAAACACGUGAAGGCAUCGAGCAGUUUCUCUUGUUGGAAUCGAAAAUUUCAACGACCAACGGUGUCAAUAAUCAAACAACAAUAACAACACCGACCAACGAAACACCGAAUUCAACGACAACACCACCGUUGUAUGAUCACCAAGCAGCAAUCACCAAACUGAUAUCGGCUCACUCAGUGUUUGGCAAGAUAACCGUUGAAGGGGCACAAAUCCUGUUGAAACGUGGGGCAAAACCAUCGACUAUCGAUCCGGCAAAAGUCUAUUUCACACGCGAUAAUCGUUUGAAAGCGAUCCUGUUCCAACGUCUGGACAAUGAUUCAUUGGCACAUUACUUUGAACAACUAAAGUGUCAAUUGCUGAUUGUGAAAGCGCAGAAUGGUGUCCGUCUCGAUCCGGAUGAAAUAUCCGAUCGAUACAUUCGAUUGUAUCGGGAGAAAUGUCCCAAAUUUGAUUUCGUCACCAUACCGGGUGGUCACCACGUUCAUCUCUGUUCGCCGGAAAAUGUUCACCAGACUAUAAUCGACUUUCUUGAUGCUUCAUCAUCGGCCGAUGAUGAUCAUCAUCAUGCCAUGAAUGGCCAAAUGGCUUAGGAUUUUAUCGUUGUUGUUUUCGUGUCAUUUUAUUAUUAUUAUUAUUAUCUGUUUUAAAUGCCCUGUAGGAAAGUUUUGUCAUCACUUGUUAUUAGAAUAGGGAUUUAUUUGAAUUUUAAUUUGUUGUGUUGCAAUUUUGAAUAAUUAACUUGUCACAUUUAA